AGGACCCUCGUAAGCAGCCACCCUGAGACUAGGCCUGGGAGGAACCAAGUGUAUAUUUCCGACCUCACGGCCUGGAGCCUGUAGGAAUACAGGGACCUAGUUGCUGCCAGGGCUGUUUUUCCUGAAUACGCUGCAAGCACGGGAAAAUAGUUGGAGUCCUAACAAUGGAUAAGUUUGUCAUUCGAACUCCUAGAACCCAGAAUAGCCCACAGAAGAAAGGUACUGGAGGAAAGAUUUACAAGCAGGCUACGAUUGAAUCUCUAAAGAGAGUUGUGGUUGUAGAAGACAUAAAAAGAUGGAAGUCUAUGUUGGAGCUUCCUGACCAAACCAAAGAGAAUCUAGUUGAAGCCUUACAAGAAUUAAAGAAGAAGAUACCCUCAAGGGAAGUGUUAAAGUCAACGAGAAUAGGUCAUGCUGUGAACAAGAUGCGUAAACACUCAGAUUCAGAGGUGGCUAGUCUUGCCAAAGAAGUUUAUACUGAGUGGAAAACUUUCAUUGAAAAACAUUUGGAUAGACCUCCUAUUGAAGUUCGAAGUGAUCCCAAAACUGAGUCAUUUAGAAAAAAUGCCCAGAAAUUACUUUCAGAAGCCUUGGAAUUAAAGAUGGAUCACCUACUGGUUGAAAAUAUUGAGCGGGAAACGUUUCAUCUCUGCUCCCGCCUCAUUAACGGGCCGUACCGGCGGACGGUGAGAGCUCUGGUCUUCACAUUAAAGCACCGAGCUGAGAUCCGGGAUCAGGUGAAGAACGGCUCACUGCCGGUCGGCACGUUUGUACAGACCCACAAAAAGUGACCCAGGACCGUUCCAACCCUGGGCUGGGCAGAGAGGAAAAGGGGCUUCUCUUUGCCAUUCAAAGACUCUUUUGAGUUUGGGUGACGGCGGGCACUGGCUGUGCUAAAUUUUCCCAUGGUGCCAUUCCUUCAGACAGGAGGCGGGAGCCAUGGGAGACAGGCCUGCAGGAGCAUGCUUCAUUAGCUGCGGUGCGCGGGUGCUGCCUAACAGGACGCACGCCGGCUGUCACUGGGAAGCGCCAUACGGUUGCCAUCACCCAACACGGGGGAAGGGUGAUGGAUUUCACUGUGAGCAUGCCAAGGACACCUCUAAACUUCCCAUGUCAGGCAGAUGAAGUUACCACUUUAUUUCGCCACCCUGCAGGUAACUGAAACUCAAUUACCGCUGCUGCUCACUCGGUUCCAUCCCCCUGAGUUUAGACAGCUCCGGUGCCUCUCAGAACUCCCUGUCUGUUCUCUUUGCUCUACCCCAGGGGUGAGCCUGCCAGAGCCUUGCACUAGCCCUGCUUUCCACAGCUCACUUAUCUGAGUGGUUCAGCUCUCCCUGGAAGACCUUCUGCGUUGGUCUCCGGAGCCCCCAUGCUGAGGCUUCUAAUGAGGAACUGGCCCGAAGCCUUCCCCGCACCUCGGGUUUAUUUGAAUACUUCUGCUCUCAGUCUAAGACUCUGUAGAAGAUGCAUAAUGAAAUUGCUCUUGCAAUGAAUUACUGCUGUUGAAAAAAACACAUACAUAGAGAUUUCAAAAUGGAAUACUUUCAUAGGGCCUGCCCUGUAAACAUUUAUGUAAAUGAUAUUUGCUUUUUAAAAAUAAUAAUAAACUGAUGUGUAUUUUAAAACAAAA